AGAACUACAAUAUCUUAAUAGUAUAGUGCGGAAUGAUGCCUUUACACGCUUCAGUUACGCUCUAAUAAACUCCUUUCAAUAGCGAGAAAAUAUGAGCUGUCAAGUGAAUGGCAUCCACCAUCACCAUGACAACGGGUCGUGAACAGCCAAUCCCAGCUCGCCAUUUCAUCCGGGACCUCAAGAUGGCCACACUGAUACAAUAUAGUUUAAUUUCCAGCCAAGAUGAGAGUUAACCGAGACAUAUAUGGUGGAUAAAAAGCUCUUAAAAAUAUGGGUGUUCCGAGGAAAGUAUACCACUAGGGAAUGUGGGUUACAUUAGUAAUGGAGGAAUAUUUUGAGAGCAGACGAAACUAAAGGUACAGUUACUAGUUAGUGUUUUUGUGUGUUUGUUUAUGUGUGUGUCGUGGAGGAGUGAUCUGUGCCUGACCAUGUGGCUGUAUAAUGAACCAGGCUGUUGCCACGGUGACGGUGGUGGUGGGCAUGAUACAGAUGCGGGAGGUGGAGUUUGUGCCCGAUAGAGACAUGCAGCUGGACAAAUUGUGUUGGUCAUUGGUCAGACUGGAGUUUACAUGUGUACCUCCUUCACCAUCAUUGGUGGACACUUCACCAUGAGUGAUGCUUGAGCUGUCACGGUGCUGCUGCUGCUGUCUGCCAUCAUCACCCUGACACAGACCACCCUGCAGACCACCUUCAUCCUGGGUGCCACACGUCACUGCUGCUACAACUCAGAGCAACUGGAGCGCAAGCCAGGAAGGGAGAUGUGUUGCCACGGUGACGGUGGUGGUGGGCAUGACACAGAUGCGGGAGGUGGAGUUUGUGCCCGAUGGAGACAUGCAGCUGGACAAAUUGUGUUGGUCAUUGGUCAGACUGGAGUUUACAUGUGUACCUCCUUCACCAUCAUUGGUGGACACUUCACCUUGAGUGAUGCUUGAGCUGUCAUGGUGCUGCUGCUGUUGUCUGCCAUCAUCCCCCUGACACAGACCACCCUGCAGACCACCUUCAUCCUGGGUGCCACACGUCACUGCUGCUACAACUCAGAGCAACUGGAGCGCAAACCAGGAAGGGAAAUGGUUACCUUCUUGUUGAUGUGCAAUUUUGCUAUGUGGGCGAUGAACACCUCUGAGACAUCACGAGCAGAUGCCCAUCCAGCACAGCUCAACUUGUAUGGAAUCUGGACCUGGACCAUCAUAUCAAUGCCACUGGCUUUGAUAUGUGUUUGAUAUGGCUUCUAUUGCUUUCAAGUGACCAUCUGCCUCUGUGAAAUAUGGAAGAUCUUACAAGCUCAAGCAUGAGUAUUAAGCAAGUUAUAGGAAUGCUAGUAUGAGUGUGGUGUGUCUGAAUUAGCUGUCAGAGUAUUGUAAAUAUUAUUACUUAGUCUUCCCAGUUAUGAAAUUAAGAACAGUUGUGAAGUUUGCUUUAAAACCCUUCAUUAACUUUGCCACAAAACACUUUUACAUGUUAUCAAAAGUGUGUAACUGUUAUGAUGUGUGCAUAUAUAUCAUUACUACAGAAGAAUCUGGAAUUUCCCCUCAGAUUACUUUAAUGAAUGAAGCUUGAGUUCACAGAUGUGUGGUUUGUAAAUUUCACCUGUAUUCUCUCCUCUAUGGCAGUCUGUUCUGGCAAAGUUUCAUUUGUCAAAAGCAUUACAGUUUGUAAAUGAUGUGUCUUCAUAUGCCUUCACUAGCAAUUAUGAAUUACAUUGUGGUCAUGGAUUUUGUUCUUUUAAUACAGUUGCCUCAAGAUAUUCUGAGCUUUACAAUGCUGUCUUUAGUACACUGCAAGAAAAUACAGAAAUUUCAUGUGGCAACAUUUAUUUUUAAAACAUUAUUUAUUACUUUUAAAAAUAGCAAUGUGGGGCUUCCUUAAUGCAAAUAGUCUUGCCCCAAAAAACUUGUGAUGUCAAGCACUAACUUCUCUUAACACAGCACAACCAAAACCACUCAAAAUUAUACAUUAAUUUUUUUUAUAGAGCAACAUGUGUGGAAAGUGCUACCAGAAAUAUUUGCAUAACAAAUAUUUGGUUCUGGACCUUAGCACUUAUACAGUACUGCACUAACUUACACACAAGGUUAAUUAAUGAUGUAAUACUCAGGUGAAGCUGGAUUUUCAAAAGACUGAUCAAUAUUUUUUCCCAGAUGUCAUUUUUAUGCAGCUGACUGAAGGAGAAAACACUGCAAAGCUCACAGUAUUCUUCUUAAAUCUUACUAAAAUGUAUGCGCAUCACUUUCUGAUUUCACCCCAAUGGCACACAAACCAAAAUUCAUGGGUAUGGAGAUGGCUGGACUACUUCCUGUGGCCACCCCUGUUAUAUCUUAAUUUCCCACUGUCUUUCCUGUGUGCUGGUUAAGCUACUCACUGCUGAAGUCCCUGGAAACUAGGUAGAAUAAUUUAGAAUGACAUGGUUAAGUUAAUGCUGAUAAAAUCUCAUUUGUAGAAUUAUUCUUCCUCUGUUGAAGCAAAUGAUAUAACAUUGACUAGAAGCUUUCACAAUAUUUAUAAGCUUUCUUGUAUCAGAGAUCUUUUGAAAAUCCAACCAUUAAUUUGUAAAUACUUGUAUAGUGUAGCUGGCAUGAGGGUUGCAGUCUUCAUUAUUUACUAGUGGACAAGCAACAAGUGAUGGUGUGGCUCUGAGCCACUGUAGUAGGGAUGUUAUGGUCAAACCUCCAUACAUUACUGUCUCUAUCCAGUAUGAGACCGGUGUUCAAGAAGCACAAGCAUGUGCUGAAUAACAAGAAGCCGGCGUGGCUCAAGAGGAAGAGUGAGUAGGACGAGAAAAAACAGAACAAAUAAAUCCCCUACACGUGUUGUCUCCAUUGACACAAGCCAUGAAAAGCUUGUCCAUCUCUGAGUGCUAAGGAGCAGUGUGUUCAACUGAUGAUGUGGAAACUUGAGACAGCCAAUCAUUUAAUGGACUUUAGUAGGUUUUGUCACCAGUCUUCUGUGUGUCACUCACUACAUUUUGAAAUUUUUACUUGUUCUAUUUAAU